GCCACUGGACUGAUAUAAACUCCACCGCCCCCUUUCUAGUUCUCCUGUUUCUGGGAGAGAGAGCGGAUCAACCAUGUCGAAGCGAGGACGCGGAGGUUCCGCCGGGAACAAGUUCCGGAUGUCGCUGGGUCUGCCGGUGGCCGCCACGGUCAACUGCGCCGACAAUACUGGAGCGAAGAACCUGUACAUCAUUUCGGUGAAAGGUAUCAAGGGGCGCCUCAAUAGGUUGCCUUCUGCUUGCGUUGGCGACAUGGUCAUGGCCACAGUGAAGAAGGGUAAGCCCGAUCUCAGGAAGAAGGUCAUGCCCGCCGUCAUUGUACGCCAGCGCAAGCCCUGGCGCCGAAAGGAUGGCGUCUACAUGUAUUUUGAGGAUAAUGCUGGUGUGAUUGUGAAUCCCAAGGGUGAAAUGAAAGGAUCUGCUAUAACUGGUCCUAUUGGAAAAGAAUGUGCUGAUCUUUGGCCUAGGAUUGCCAGUGCUGCCCAAUGCUAUUGUUUAAGAUCUUAUGCUAAAAAUGAUAUGUAUGCAUGA